CCAGCUCGCUCAGCUAUCUCUCAUUUCAAUAAGAGCGCCAUCAACAGCAGUGCUAUCAGUUUGUCUCUUCUCUCGUCAUCUCAGCCUACCCUUCUACGCGCUCGAUCGAUCGAUUGAUACCUCUUGGCCAUGUCCGGAUACCCUGGGCAAGGCUACCACGGCGCGGGCCAUCACGGCGGUGGUGGCGGCUACGGCAACUACCAACAGCCUCCGCCGCAGCAUGGAGGAUACGGGCCGCCUCAGGGAGGAUAUGGACCGCCUCAGGGCGGAUACAACGGCGGCCAGAUCCAUCAAUAUCCCGGCUCGCAUCACCCGCCUCCAGGCUUCGAUCCCCACGGCAAUCCUCUGAACCCUCCGAGCGCUGCGCACGCGAGAGCUGGUCCGCCGCCGCCUUCUGCCCCCCAACAGUUUGGCCAUGGCGCGCCGUCUGGCUAUACAUUCCAAUAUUCGAAUUGUACGGGAAAGCGAAAAGCAUUGUUGAUUGGAAUCAACUACUUUGGCAGCAAAGCCGAACUGAAGGGAUGCAUCAACGACGUUCGCAAUGUGUCAGCUUUCCUGAUCGAAAGGUACAACUACAAGCGCGAGGAUAUGGUCAUUCUGACGGAUGAUCAAUCCGAGCCCAGAAUGCGGCCAACAAAGGCAAACAUCCAAGACGCUAUGGGCUGGCUUGUCAGAGGCGCACAGCCCAAUGACUCCCUGUUCCUUCACUAUUCCGGCCACGGUGGCCAGACCGAAGAUCAAGACGGCGACGAGGAGGACGGUUCCGAUGAAGUCAUAUACCCUGUUGACUUUCAGCAAGCCGGACAUAUUGUCGACGAUGAGAUUCACUUCCGUGUUGUUAGGCCCUUGCAGGCCGGAGUCCGUCUUACAGCCAUUUUCGAUUCAUGUCACUCAGCGACCGUCAUGGAUCUACCUUAUGUGUACUCUACCAAGGGUGUUCUCAAAGAGCCCAAUUUGGCCAAGGAAGCCGGCCAGGGUCUCUUGGGGGCUAUAUCCUCGUAUGCUUCGGGCGAUAUAGCCGGUGUGACCAGCAGCAUCAUGGGCUUCGCCAAGCAGGCCUUCAGCGGAGAUGGCGCUUACAAGAAGACGGUGGCUACAAGGACGUCGUCAGCGGAUGUUAUCAUGUGGUCCGGCAGCAAAGAUGAUCAGACAUCUGCCGAUGCCUUUGUUGGAACUGAAGCCACUGGCGCUAUGUCAUGGGCUUUCAUUUCUGCCCUGAAAAGGAACCCCGAACAGAGCUAUGUUGAGCUGCUCAACAGCGUCCGAGAGAUUCUCGAGACCAAGUAUACUCAAAAACCACAGCUGUCUUGCAGCCAUCCUCUAGAUACCAACCUGAUGUUUGUCAUGUAAUUCGUACAAACGCUGUUUCAAAAUGAACUUGAACUGUGACGCGACCUUGGAGACAUCACAACUCGUUUGUCAAGCGCUCCAGUUUGUUGGUCGUCCUGGUGUCGAAUCUCGCGCAGGAUUCAGGACAACGGUGUAUCCAGAUUGCGUUACGCUCAGGUUUGUAAGAGCUAAAGUGGUGGUGAUGGGAAGCAACACUCGGAAUCCGUGAACUUGGCGCUGAAACUGCGACCCAAGCCAGGCGGCUCACCUAACUAGGCAGCAACAGCGGAAAAAGCUGGAGUACAAUGAUAGAAUAACACGCCCCUCAAUCCUGUUGUUAGAAAGAAUAAGACGACUUGAUGGGUAGUAUUUUUCGAAAAAAGGGUGCAUAUCUAUCUACCUGUGGAUACCUUCAAUUGUUAUUCUGUCCAAAAAACACGCCCCUCAAUCCUGUUGUUAGAAAGAAUAAGACGACCUCGAUGGGUAGUGUUCUUCGAAAAAAGGGUGUAUACCUAUCUACCUGUGGAUACCUUCAAUUGUUAUUCUGUCCGAAAAACACGCCCCUCAAUCCUGUUGUUAGAAAGAAUAAGACGACUUGUUGGGUAGUGUUUUUCGAAAAAAGGGUGUAUACCUAUCCAUCUAUCUGUGGAUACCUUGUUAUUCUGUCUGAGAUUGUCACGUGACCUACUACGGCACGCCCAUAGUUCUCUCCUCUGCUUGUCACUAGGUACUUAGCUUAGUUCUUCUCAUCAUCUUCAUCACAGUUUUCAGUCACAGUCACAGUACACCCUUCGAGUGUCAGUGCCUUUGGUUGUUGUUUUUGUUCUCAUUUGCUAUGCUUUGUUCGUGAUCCCAUCUUUCAUCGUGAUCCCUCACAUUGGUGGACAUUUGGGCAAUCAGGAGGAAGCUAUACCGGAUUAAAGAGAGGCCAAGCCUCUCUAGUCACACAAGACAAGUAAACGGCCCAAGAGUUGCCUCAUUGUGUGGCCUCAGUCGUAAAUGCCGAGCGAUAUUUGGAAGCUCGUGUGCGGUGCACAGCAAAGGUACAUUCUGCGUACAGAUUCUUUGUGCGUAUUCACCUUUACUACAAUAACAUUGAAGGCAUCAUGUUGAGCCUUCAUUGCGGGAACUCAGCGAGCACAGGCAAAAACGUAUGCGUUUAGUUUGAACCUCUUAAAAUCCCAGUUCGUAAUAAACAAGAACCAGAUGCCAUCUCCAAA